AUGCCCAUGCAUGGAGGAGACAUAAGGGUAAGGACUGGACGCAGCGCCAUAAACUGCACUUCUUGUCUUUGGCCUAAAAUUGCCGAUGGUACAGUCCCUGUUCCAUACAGCAUAUCUUCUGACUUCAGUCCCAGUGAGAUCAAUACAAUUAGGAAUGCCAUGGACGAGUUUGAGACUUUGACUUGUGUGAGGUUUGUGUCUCGAAAAACAGAAGACAAUUAUCUCAACAUCACAGAUACAGAUGGCUGUUCAUCAUUUGUCGGAAAAAUGGGUGGAAGCCAAACAGUUUCAUUGGGUGAUGACUGCGUUCACAGAGGGAUUGUACAACACGAACUUGACCACGCCCUGGGCUUCUACCAUGAGCACACGAGAAGCGAUCGUGACAAUUAUAUUGACAUCAAUUUCCAGUAUAUCUCUCAAGAAUUCUGGAGUAAUUUUUAUAAACAAGACACUAAUAACCUGGGCCUUGAGUAUGACUAUGAUUCAGUGAUGCAUUAUAAUCGCUAUGAAUUAUCCAACACACCAAACCAAGCCACAAUUGUCCCCAAGCCUAACCCCAAUAUGCCUAUUGGGCAGAAAAUUGGACUGAGUAUCCUAGAUGUCGCUAAGAUUAACCGUCUUUAUGAAUGCAGUGUCUGUGCUACCUUGCUUAAUAAACCGACAGGAAUCUUCACUUCUGGAAAUUAUCCCUUUACUUAUCCUAAUAACAAUAACUGUGUUUGGUUAAUCAGGACUCCCUAUGGGCAGGCCUCAUUAACUUUCAGUGGUUUUGAUGUCCAGUUCACACCCAACUGCACCUUUUACUUCAUGAGGAUCUAUGAUGGAAACUCUAAGAACUCUCCGGUGUUGCUGGAUAAAAUGUGCGGCACUAAAACCAUCCCUCCACUCAUCGCUUCCGCUAACGAGAUGCUGGUCGAAUUUGUCAGUGACGGGGCUGUUACUGGGGUUGGCUUUAAUGCUACAUAUAGCUCAGUUCAGUGUGGAGGAACCUUCUAUACCUUCCAAGGAAACUUUACAUCUCCAGGAUAUGCAGGGAACUACAGUCCAAACAUGAACUGUAACUACACCAUCACAGCUCCUGUUGGAUAUAAGGUAAUACAAGCUACCUUAACGUGUUUAUCACCUUAUACCUUAUUAUCGGACUCCCUAAUUCUCAAAAGGAUUCAUACAAAACUUUAA